UGUCAUUGGAUUUUACAGUGUUUUGCACGGAAUUCUUGCUUCCUCUAAAAAAAAUCGCAAUUUCCCUAGUUUUUCCUCAAAUACUCGUGCAGAAACAAAGCAAAAUAGAAGGUAAAGUGCUACCGCAGCACAAGUGACAGUGGAAGAGUGCGCAAGGUGAGCAAGAAGGUGAUAACAGAAAGAAUUCCUGGGGCCGAUUUGAGGACAAUCGUCAGCCAGACAGAGCGAGUAAACAGCGGAAGAGCGAGCGAAGCGAUCUUGUGAGAUGUCAGGCUGAUAAUCUGGAGAUGGAUGAGAGCACAGAGCUGGAUAAUUGAUCAUUAUCUUAUCAUUCCGCCUCCGGUGCGCUCUGGCAAGACAAUGAAGCACUUAAUGAGAUCACGAGAGGCGUAAACACUCGUGUGGAUCGCGCGGAAUGUGACAGAUUCUCUGCGCAAGGCAGUGGACAAGUGAACGAUGGCCAACCGGACGAAGCGACUGAUCCUCGGGACGCUUCUGUUGCUGCUGGUGGACGUGAUUUGGGUGUCUUCGAGUGAGCUGACGAAGUUCCUCUACCAGGACCAGAACUUCGACAAGCCCUUCUUCUGCACGUACUUCAAGACCUCCAUGUUCACCAUCUAUCUGCUGGCGCUGGGCCUGCUGGCGCCGUGGCGUGACUCAUGUCCGGCGACCCAGCCAGUGGGCAUAAACAACAAUACGCCCAAUUACACGCUCAUGGACACCGCGGACGAGGACAGCGUGUUCGCGGGCGGCGUCACGAGCAGCCUCAGCGACUCCAGCUUCGUGCCUGUGAAGGUGGAGGGCGUCUCGGGCACGGACAGCGACGACAGCAGCAUCCGGAGCGUGCGGUUCAGCAAGAUGGCAGAAGUGCGCGAGAUGUCCCCGCACGACGCCUCGGAGGCACUUAUGUCGCGCCUCUCGUACUCCGCCAGCCUUCGCAUACGGCGCCAGAAGUCGCACCACAAAACAGCCCGCACGGCGCUCAUGUUCUCCAUCCUCUGGUUCGUGGCGAACUAUCUGUUCCAGCUGGCGCUGGAGCCCAGCGACACGGCGAUGGUGACUCUGCUGAGCAGCACAUCGAGCCUCUUCACGCUCGUCCUAGCGGCGCUGUUUCCCUCCGCCUCGGGAGACAGAUUCACGCUGUCUAAGGUCACCGCCGUGGCCGUGAGCAUAGCUGGCGUGACGAUGGUGACGCUCUCCGAGCUGGAGGAGCCCAAGAUGUCCAAGGGCGUGAUCCUGGCGCUCACGAGUGCUUUCUUCUAUGCAUCCUACCUAGUGUUAGUGAAGCGCAAAAGUGAUACUGAGGAGAAAAUUGAUAUACCGCUCUUCUUCGGAUUUGUUGGCUUGUGGAAUUUAUUGUUGCUGUGGCCAAUCUUUUUCGUACUUAACUUCUCCCACGUUGAGCCGUUUGAGUUGCCGAAUCGCCACCAAUUUUCUGUGCUCUUCCUCAAUGGAUUGAUCGGCACGGUUCUGUCUGAAGCGCUCUGGCUCUGGGGCUGCUUCCUGACUUCAUCGCUGAUCGGGACGCUGGCAAUGACAUUCCAAAUCCCUCUGGCGAUGCUCUUCGAUGUGGUGCUACGCGGAAAGGCUUAUCCGCUACUCUUCUACCUGGGCUCCAUUCCCAUGAUCUUCUCCAUGGCCUUCGUGGCAGUCUUGCUCAAGUACGAGGACUCAGAUCCGGUUCUGAGAGUCCUGAAGGCGAUGUACAGACGGCUCUGCUUCAUGCGACAGACGAACAUUGUGCGCAUCAACACUGAUCUCGAGGAGCAACAAGAGUGUCUCAUUGAUAAUCACGAUAACUGAAUCAAAGAGAUGAGAAUAGUCUCAACUUCAUAUUGCUGUGGCCAUUUUCCCGCAACUUUGGGAAGUGUAAUGUGUUUUUUUUUUAUUAUUUUCAAAAUUAUUUAACAUUUAGUCCACUUUUUGUGAUUAAUUUGUUUCAUACGUAAAACGUUGUUGGACACACAUUCCGAUCGUCUUAUUUGCUUGUUUUGUUCACUUUUCGCAAAGUUUUAUUGCCAGUCUUAGUUAUCGUUCGCAUUAGACUAAAAAAAUGAGACCAUAUAGAAAUUAACACUUGAUUUCAAUCAUGUAUUUUAUUAGUCCCUAAAUAUUCUACGAGUCCAAUAUAGAGGAAAGAUUGACUUAGACUUUAUACUAUUUAGCCACUGAUAAGAUUGACAACAUUGCUGUUUCAACAAUAUCUCAUGAAAAUUAUAGAAAAAUAUUUAAUUAGGAAUUGAAUAAAAAUAUAACGUACUUUCUUUCAAAAAAAAAAGAUAAAUUGAGAAAUCGAAGCUCUCGAGAUGAUAAAUUGGCUAUUUUUAUAUGGAAAUUAUUGUGAAAGUUCACUUGAUGAGGAAAUUACACGAAUGCUUUCGAAUGAGUGCAAUCCUUUUGAGAAGAGGCUCAGCUUCUCAUGAGAGCUUUGUUUUCUUUCACACGGAACACAACACACAUACACACAGAAGAGAAACAACACGAGAACACAAAGUUAUAAACUGAUAGAGAUAAAACAGAGAUUAGAUGAAAAGAAUGUAUUUUUGCUGUUUUAGGGAAUUUUCUGUAGACGACGAAGAAAAUGUUUUCAAGAUGACAGAUAAUAAAUACAGAGAAAUUUA